AGAAAACAACGGGACCGGGAGGCGGUUUGGGGACAACCGGGGGUGGCCUCGGCCUACGGCGGAGACAACCGGGACCGGGAUGGGGCUGGGGAGGGGAGAACCGGGACGGGGAUGGCGGCGGGGAAAGGGAAAAUCGGGACCGGGAUGGAGCUGGGGGAGGGGACAACGGGGACCGGGAUGGGAUUGGGGGAGGGGACAACCGGGACCGAGCGGGCUGGGGACAACGGGGACCGGGCUGGGGACAACGGGGACCGGGAUGGGGUUGGGGAGGGGACAACGGGGACCGGGAUGGAACUGGGGAAAGCCGGGAACAACCGGGCAGGGGACAACGGGGACCAGGAUGGGGUUGGGGAGGGGACAACCGGGACCGGGCUGCGGACAACGGGGACCGGGCAGGGGACAACCGGGACCGGGAUGGCGCUGGGACAACCGGGACCGACUGGGCUGGGGACAACCGGGACCGGGAUGGCGCUGGGAGCAGGAAGAACCGGGACCGGGACAGGGUUGGGGAGGGGACAACGGGGACCGGGAUGGCGCUGGGAAAAACCGGGAACAACCGGGCUGGGGACAACGGGGACCGGGAUGGAGCUGGGAAAACCAGGACCGACGGGCACCGACUGGGUGGGGACACACCGGGCACCGGGCUGGGGUCACGGAAGGGCAGAAGCGGAGCGGAAACCCAGCGCGGUUGUGUCGCAGCAGAGUCGCUGAUUUUCGCUUUCCCCGGCAGCGCCACCGGAGCCGUUUCCCGGUACCCGGUGUCCGGUGCCCGCCCCAGCCGCGCUCUCCCGUCCCGUCCCGCCGCCGCCGCCGCGAUGCUGCUGCUCCGGGCCAUGGCCGGCCGCAGGCUCCCGCCGCUGAUGCGGCUGCCCCGCGGCUGCUCCCGGUUGGCCGCCGGUAGCGCGGCCCCGGAGGGACACCGGGAAGGGAACCCGGGGGGACACCGGGAAGGGAACCCGGGGGGACACCGGGAAGCGACACCGGGGGGACACCGAGGAGCGGCGCCGGUGCUGGCGGCGCUGCUCGGGAUCGGCGUCGUUGUGGCCUACGGAGAGCGGCGGCGGAGGACCGCCCAGGCCGCCCAGGCCGCCCCCGCCCCGCCGUUCCCCCGUUACACGCGGGCGGAGGUGGCGCAGCACCGCACCCCGGCCGAUCGCGUGUGGGUCACCUACGGCACCGACGUGUUCGACGUGACCGAAUUCGUGGAGCUGCACCCGGGGGGACCGGACAAGAUCCUGCUGGCGGCCGGGGGGGCCCUGGAGCCUUUCUGGGCUCUCUACGCCGUCCACAGCCAACCGCACGUGCUGGAGCUGCUCCGCGAUUACAAAGUGGGCGAGCUGAGCCCCGAGGAGGCGGCGCCGCCACCGGCGGACAGCGCGGACCCGUUCGCCGGGGACCCCCCGCGCCACCCCGCGCUGCGGGUGAACAGCUCGAAGCCUUUUAACGCCGAGCCGCCCCCGGAGCUGCUCACGCAGAGCUUCCUGACGCCCAACGAGCUUUUCUUCACCCGCAACCACCUCCCGGUGCCCGCCGUGGAUGCGGCGUCCUACCGGCUGCGCGUGGAGGGCCCCGGUGGCCGCGCGUUGUCGCUGUCGCUGUCGGAGCUGCGGCGGCGCUUCCCGAAGCACGAGGUGACGGCCACGCUGCAGUGCGCCGGUAACCGGAGAUCCGAGAUGAGCCGCGUCCGCCCGGUUAAAGGCCUGGCGUGGGAUAUCGGUGCCAUCAGCACGGCGCGCUGGGGCGGAGCGCGGCUCCGGGACGUGCUGCUGGCCGCCGGUGUCCGCGACAACACCGACAACGGCGAGUGGCACGUGUGCUUCGAAGGGCUGGACGCGGACGCUUCGGGGACGCCGUACGGAGCGUCCAUCCCGUUAAAACGGGCGCUGAGCGCCGACGCCGAGGUGCUGCUGGCGUACGAGAUGAACGGGCGGGAGCUGCCCCGCGAUCACGGGUUCCCGGUGCGCGUCGUGGUGCCCGGCGUGGUCGGGGCUCGGAGCGUGAAGUGGCUGCGGAGCGUGGCGGUGUCGCCCGAGGAGAGCCCGAGCCAUUGGCAGCAGAACGACUACAAGGGCUUCUGUCCGUCCGUGGAUUGGGAUUCCGUGGAUUUCGGGGCCGCGCCCGCCAUCCAGGAGCUGCCGGUGCAGUCGGCGAUCACCGAGCCCCGGCCCGGAGCGGCCGUGCCCGCCGGGGAGCUGACGGUGAAGGGAUACGCGUGGAGCGGAGGAGGAAGGGAGGUGGUCAGGGUGGACGUGUCGCUGGACGGGGGCCGGACGUGGCGCGAGGCCGAGCUGGGCCCGCGGCCGGAGCGGGGCCGGGGCUGGGCCUGGGCGCUGUGGGAGCUGCGGGCGCCGGUGCCCGCGGCGCGGCUGGAGAUCGUCUGCAAGGGCGUGGACCGGAGCUACAACGUCCAGCCCGACACCGUGGCGGGCAUCUGGAACCUGAGAGGGGUCCUGAGCAACGCCUGGCACCGCGUGCCCGUCACCGUCACCAAGUGAGGGACUGCAGGACACUGGGGUAUUGGGGCUUUGAGGACAUUGGGGACACAGCAGGGAC